CGGUUCUAAGCAUCUCCUAUGACGUUACAGCUCUCUUGUACUAAACUGUAAUCAUUGCUUAAUAUAUUAGUCAAUUACAUGAUCUUACCGCGGAUUUUUUUUAUGAAAGCCGGAUAUACAUGUGAGCUCAUCGCUGCGUCAUAAUAAGCGCAUAUUACAAUUAUUUUAGAUUCGAAAUGUGGACGUAUAUGUUGAUAGUCGUGGGGCUUGUAAGAGUCGGGCUUGGCCAAAGUUUGGAGCCGGGCCCGUGUAAGUGGCAGGAGACAAACUUGAAGAUUGUUGAACGACUAGCUAUCCUUGAAACGAAGCAGACAUUUCUCAAAGAGACAAUAUCCAGACAACAACAUUUUAUCGAUGAUUUGAUUAACAUUGUUAUGAAGCAAUGGGGAUCUUGGUCGGAGUGGAGCGCAUGCGAAUUCAAGUGCAGUGGAAGUGACGUAGAUAAUGGACGCACCCAAACCAGAACGAGGCUACUAAUAGAAGACAAUGUCGUCAUGCAAAAUGAAACUGAACGACGGCCGUGUAACGCUGUGCAAUAUGCAGGAUGUGAGGCGUCGACCGGUCCAGACGACCAAUACGGUGUUGCCUAUGACUACCGUGACCAGAUGGCUCAGGCAACAUGCACCUCGUUAAUGGAAAAAGGCGGGCAUGUGUACGCUGUAAGGCGCGAUUGUUCUAAGCUGAGUGUCCCUUGCACAGAAGUCUGCUCAAGCCUCAGUCUGACUUGUUUCAACUCCCUCCACGUGUACACUCCCCAAACUUGGCUACCAUGGGGCGUGACGGGACAGAAAAGUGCCCAUGUGUAUCGUUACAAUGGCUGUGGUGGAGGCUGUGGACCAAACUUCUGCUGCUGCUGCAGCUCAUAAAUAAGAAUCGAAUGGAUUUUUUGGAUAUGUUGGUGCAAUCUUUUAUUUCGAAAGAACUUGCUUUUUUAUUCGACCCACACGCUGCAGCGUCUGUGCGCGCAAAAUGAAUAAUAAAUUUAAAAAAAUGUU